GCUGUGCUGAUGGGAGAGCCCAAGAGUUUGAACGGGAGCUUCGUCUCAGCGGACUCGAAUCGUGCGCGCUUCACUUUUUUCCUCCCUCUCUCUCUUUCUCUCUCUCUCGCUCUCUCUCUCUCUCUCUCUCUCAGGUCGAAACUAACCACGACACAAGUGGCAGCUUUUGCAACAGGGGGUUUUAAGGAUAUUACAAUCUUCCUAAGCAUGCCGAGCCCUCCUCGCUGCUCGUAAAUCCGCUUCAGUUUUGCUUCGCACCGCCACAUGCCUCACGGCGGAUGCAAGCGCGCGGCGCGGCGCUAUAAGAGACAGCGAAGAAUGAAUCAAACGCGACUUUUGUAACGCAUCCGGACAACUUUUUCUAUCUUUUUGUUUCUAUUCAAAUGCCCGCAAGAUGAAAUAAUCGCUCCUUUCGGCGGUUCAUCACCACAGUUUCACUCAUGGCUCUGUGAAAUCUCCGUGUAGGCUACUGUACUUCCAUCCAUCCGUCCGUCGUCGGGACUUUUCUCUUUGCUACAGUUGAUGAUAAUGCCGAAAGUUUGGAUAUACGGCUUUAACAGUACAGUACAGUAGAUGUGUGUAACUCGAGGCGGGGUUAAAGUUCAGCUCUAUGGAGCGCUGAAGCGUCGCGCGCACUUCGCAGAGUUGGAAAUGUGAAAGCAAGAAGCAAGGCUUUAUUUUCCCUCUCUCCCUUCUUCUCUGUCUCUCUUUUUUUCUCUUUUCAUACACACAUAUACAUACACAGCCCAUACAUUCACACAUACACACCCUCACUCUCACACACACACACACAUACACACACACACACACUCACACGCACACACACAACAUCGCCUAUUCAAGAGUUAAAACCGACAGAUAUGUAUUCUCCGCUAUGCCUAACACAGGAUGAAUUCCAUCCUUUCAUUGAAGCACUGCUGCCCCAUGUGAGAGCGUUUUCCUACACUUGGUUCAACUUGCAGGCCCGCAAGAGAAAAUACUUCAAGAAGCACGAGAAGCGCAUGUCUAAGGAAGAGGAGCGAGCCGUGAAGGACGAGCUGCUCAGCGAGAAGCCGGAGGUCAAGCAGAAGUGGGCAUCGCGGCUGCUGGCCAAACUCCGCAAGGACAUCCGGCCGGAGUUCCGCGAGGAUUUUGUGCUCACUGUCACUGGGAAGAAGCCCCCUUGCUGUGUGCUCUCAAACCCUGACCAGAAGGGCAAGAUGAGGAGAAUUGACUGCCUGCGUCAGGCGGACAAAGUGUGGCGCUUGGACCUGGUCAUGGUGAUUUUAUUCAAAGGUAUUCCGCUUGAAAGUACUGAUGGCGAAAGGCUGGUUAAGUCUCCGCAGUGCUCGAACCCAGGGUUGUGCGUGCAGCCGCAUCACAUAGGAGUUUCCGUAAAGGAGCUCGACCUGUACUUGGCCUACUUCGUGCAUGCAGAAACAGGGCAGUCUGAAAGUCCGAACCAGCCCAGUGAUGGCGACAUCAAGGACCAGCCAGAAAACGGGCACCUUGGCUUCCAGGACAGUUUCGUCACAUCAGGUGUCUUCACCGUCUCCGAGCUUGUGCGAGUCUCACAGACGCCCAUUGCAGCAGGGACGGGGCCCAACUUCUCGUUGGCUGACUUGGACAGCUCUUCCUACUACAGUAUGAGCCCUGGGGCCAUGAGGCGCCCCCUACCCAGCACUUCUUCUAGCAGUUCUGCAAAGCGUAUCAAAUGCAUGGAGGAUGAGGUGGACAGUCCGGGAGAGGAGUCCUACUACCCAGGUCAGGGACGCUCGCCUGGCAGCGGCAGCCAAGCCAGCAGCUGGCAUGAAGUGGAGCCAGCUGGAUAUAAACUGCGUGGCUCGCUAGCUAGUUCGUUCAUCUCAAGACAAGGGAUGCCAUCGCCUACCACAUUAAAGAAGUCAGAGAAGUCUGGUUUCAUCAGCCAUGUGCCUUCGCAGACCGCUUCCCCCCGAACGGCAUUCACACACCAUCAUCGACCUGUCAUUACAGGACCCAGAGCGAGUCCUCACGCCACGCCGUCAAGUCUUCAUUUCCCGACGUCGCCAAUCAUCCAGCAGCCCGGCUCGUACUUCUCCCACCACGCCAUCCGCUACCACCCCCAGGAGACGCUCAAGGAGUUUGUCCAACUUGUCUGCCCUGACAGUGGUCAGCAAGCUGGACAGGUGGGCUUCCUUAAUCCCAACGGGAGCAGUCAAGGGAAGGUGCACAACCCGUUCUUGCCCACCCCAAUGCUGCCACCUCCUCCGCCUCCCCCGAUGGCACGGCCCGUGCCCCUGCCUGUGUCAGACUCCAAACCUCCCUCGACCUCCACUGAGGGAGGGGGCAACUCCCCCACCUCGCCAACCUACUCCACACCGAGCACGUCUCCCGCUCAGCGCUUUGUCAGCGUGGGCCCCAGAGACCCCAGCUUUGUAAAUAUCCCUCAGCAGCCUCAGUGGUACCUGGGCUAAAGACUCCCGACACGGACCGGCCGCUCCCGAGGUCACACGACCACCCCCUCUGUCUCCCCUGAGUACGACCCGCAAACAUGUACACCAGUCUGAACAGAGAGAAGCCACUUGCUGCCCCAGUACUGGACAGACCCACAGCAUGGCUCCAGCAGAACCCCGCCAAGCCCUGGAACAAGAGGAACCGACUCAACGCGCUUACACCCACUUACUAUAUAUCUAUAUAGUCCAUAUGUAUUCUUCCAUAUGUAUGGUUUACAUGCCUAUAUUCAUAUAUAGUAGCUGUCCAGCUCUUCUGAGGGUGGAGCUCGAAAAAAAAAACAAAAAAAACAAGAGCUUUGUUUUCUCGGAAACGUGCACGUUUUUUUUUUUAUGUUUCUUUGUUUUGUUUUGUAUUUUUUGGUUUACCCUCACAGAUAGACGAGGAAAACGUAACAUGACACAAUCAAAGAGCUUCCCGCAUCUGUGCCUGUGGUCUUAAAGAGAAGUCUGAGGCGUUUCGAAUCAAACACAGUCUGCGGCCAAGGGUCGCGAACCCACAACCACCUGGAGGUCGGAGCUCUGCCUUUCAAUCACUCGUGUUUUGACGGAUCAAUCCGGUUUCGUAUCGUGAACGUUGGAGGUUUUGCCUGGGUCAGAUAUACCACCAGCUAAAAUCUCCAUUGCGUCUUCUGACCAGGACCAUUUCCUCCCCCUUCCACCAUCAUCACCACCACCACCAUCAACACCAUGUCAGAUCAAGAACCCUUUCAAGGACUCAACCGAACCCCUCGCUCCCAUUUUUUCUGUUUUUUUUCAUUUUUUUUUUUUCAUUUUGGGGCAGGCGAUGAAGAAGU